AUGGCCCAAGACGACGGAGCUUUGGAGGAGAGCAAAGCUGGGAAUGUGUGGGAGGGGGGACAGGGGCCUUGCAGAAAUGCUCAAGUACUGCAAGGUACCGGGCUGGGGGAGAGUACCAGCACCACCUGGGGAGAUGUACUCGUACAGCGCAUCCCACGGCAGGAUCAGGCAAUGCCUCCCCCGGAUCGAAUCCAGCACUCCAGACGCCGGAUUGAGGAGAAGCUGAAGGGUUUUGCGGGCCUGGACAAGGCGUGGCAAGCCUGUGCCUGUGCUGUUACACGUAUCGCAUCCAGGUCCAACGACGUCGACAGCAAGUUUGAUUUUGACAACGGACCCCCAACUGCUACAGCUGUCUCUGCCAGCACAGCUCCUGCAACGGCCUCCUCGCAAGGGCGUCACAGGCGUCUUGGUUAUGGAUCGCCCCCUGCGCAGGCGGCACUGAGGCUGCGGAAAAAGAGGGAAAAGAGGCGUGGCCAGCUUGCUAUGGCUGGCAACGGCCGCCUCAAAAGGGGAAUUAGCUGCCGGUGCCAGACAUGGAAACUGAACAGGGCGUCACUCAAAGCGAAGCCUGGUAACCUGGCCCGCACAAUGGAAUUUGGGGCUGACCGACUUGUGAGAUGGAUGACGAUUGUGUUUAACUUUGGCACUAACGGGGAAGCGUUCGCGGUGCAUUAA